GCCUCGCCCAGCGUCUCUGCAAUCCCUGAGGGCAGCCCCACAGCCAUGGAGCAGCCUGUGUUUCUGAUGACGACCGCUGCGCAGGCCAUCUCUGGCUUCUUUGUUUGGACAGCCUUGCUCAUCACCUGCCACCAGAGAGGCAGGCAGCGCUGCCUCUGUUCAACAGAUGGGAAAAUGAGACACAGGAUGAGGACAUCACUGCAGCCACUCAGCCAGGAAGUGCUUCCACCUCCCGUGGAAGCGAGGGUCCCGUCUGUUCCGUCCUCCACACCAUAAAUCUACAUGCACCUUCGCUGCUACAGCUGCCCCAAUGAGCAGCGCUACAUCGUCCGCAUCCUCUUCAUCGUGCCCAUCUAUGCCUUCGACUCCUGGCUCAGCCUCCUCUUCUUCACCAACGACCAGUACUACGUGUACUUCGGCACCGUGCGCGACUGCUACGAGGCCUUGGUCAUCUAUAACUUCCUGAGCCUGUGCUAUGAAUACCUUGGGGGGGAAAGUUCCAUCAUGUCAGAGAUCAGAGGGAAGCCCAUUGAGUCCAGCUGUGUAUAUGGCACAUGCUGCCUCUGGGGGAAGACUUACUCCAUCGGAUUCCUGCGGUUCUGCAAGCAGGCCACACUACAGUUCUGCGUGGUGAAGCCGCUCAUGGCUGUUAGCACCGUGGUCCUCCAGGCCUUCGGCAAGUACCGGGACGGUGACUUUGAUGCCACCAGCGGCUACCUCUACGUGACCAUCAUCUACAACGUCUCGGUCAGCCUGGCCCUCUACGCCCUCUUCCUCUUCUACUUCGCCACCCGGGAGCUGCUCAGCCCUUACAGCCCUGUCCUCAAGUUCUUCAUGGUCAAGUCUGUCAUCUUUCUUUCCUUCUGGCAAGGCAUGCUCUUGGCCAUCCUGGAGAAGUGUGGGGCCAUCCCCAAGAUUCACUCGGCCCGCGUGUCGGUGGGCGAGGGCACAGUGGCUGCUGGCUACCAGGACUUCAUCAUCUGCGUGGAGAUGUUCUUUGCAGCUCUGGCCCUGCGGCACGCCUUCACCUACAAGGUCUAUGCCGACAAGAGGCUGGACGCACAAGUGCCGACAUAUGGCCCUUACGGCCGCUGUGCCCCCAUGAAGAGCAUCUCCAGCAGCCUCAAAGAGACCAUGAACCCACACGACAUCGUGCAGGACGCCAUCCACAAUUUCUCUCCCGCCUACCAGCAGUACACUCAGCAGUCCACCCUGGAGCCCGGGCCCACCUGGCGCGGGGGCGCGCACGGCCUCUCACGCUCCCACAGCCUCAGCGGUGCCCGCGACAACGAGAAGACUCUCCUGCUCAGCUCCGAUGACGAGUUCUAGGUGCGGCUGCUGGUGGGGAAGGACUGGCGCCUCGGCCCCGGGCAGGGUGUGCCCCACCUCCAGCCUCAUGUCUGGACCGGGAGGCAGGCGGGCACAGCUUUGGCAUUGCCCUUUAAUUUAUUGGACCAGAAACACUCACAUAUCGCUUCCAGAGGAACAGCCAGACGCUGUCUGUCCAGGGGCCGGCCCAGGCUCACCCAGGAGCCUUCAGGAAUAUUUAUACAAUGCCAAGGCUCUACUGCCUGGGCGAGGAGCAGAGGACACUGGGAGUGACUCCCAGGCCCCUGCAGCUCAUCCUGAGGUGGUGGCAUGUUGGGACCAGCCGUGCCCAGGCCCAGAUGCUUGUGCUGUGGACCAGCGGCUGCAGCCUUCUCAGCCCUUCCCCCACGAGACUUACAGCCCCUCCCCCAAACACCGUGCAAUACUCUGACCUGGGCUCUUUCCUGCCUGUUCCCUCUCUGUCCACCCUUGUCUGAUGCUAGAUUAGCCUCACCUUGGGCAGGAGGAAGGAGGAAGGAACAUAGAUGCUCUCUGUGGACCCUCUUCCUGACCCAGGCCUGCCUGGCAUGCUGCAAGGAUCGGAGCCAGACAUCAAGAGCCAUGGGUCCCACCUCGGAAGGAUGUGCGGGAGCAAGUGGGCCCCUCUUCUGGGCUGUGGCCUUUCCAAGCCCCACAAGGCAGGGGUCUCUGGGCUCCUGAGUGUCCUCUCUGUGGCUGCACCUUCUGCCCGCCUCCUGCCCCUUCUUGCCUGCUGAGGACAGCUGGCAGCCCACACUGCCCUCCCACUUGGGGUCCUUCUUGAGAGUGUUUUGGGGAGAGCCCUUGCUUCCCAGCUGCUCAAAGGGUCAGUGGCUCCCAAACCUCCCUGUCAGGCUGAGCAAUCAGCGUCUCUGCUGGCUCCCGGUCUCUCCCUGGGGCUUCUCCCUCCUGCUUUAGGGGGAGGGUCUGAGUCUCAGCAUUUCAGACCAGCUUCCAGAGGAGCACAGCCUUGCUGGUAAGGAGGGUGGAGGGAUGGGGCAUGCAGCGGAGGGGAGCCAGGAGGUGGGAGUGGUUCCAGACUCCUCUUCCUGGCCCCGUCUCCACACAGGGCCUGGUGUCCUGCCUCAUCUGGCCCCAUGGCCCAUCUUUUCUGUGCCUUAGUCACACAUGAAAGCUCCCCUCCCUAGGCCCUCGGUCUGUCCCAGACACUCCCUGGGGGCUCCCUGUUAAGCUGCUAGCACUCAGAGGAUCCUGCAGUGCUGGGCCAAGUGCCCUUGGGCAGGCCUCAGGGCAGGCCCCAGGACUACCAGUUGCCUCCCCUCGCCCGCCUCCAUGCGCAUAUACCUGGAGCCUCCCAGAGCUGGAGCCCUUUCUGGCCACUUUUCUUCGGAAGAGCCUUGUGAUGGACACAGUGCACAUUUAUACGGGCAGUGUGUCCCAUCGCUGGAAACCCAGAGAGCACGUGGUUUUGGGCUACAACAGCCUGGAGGAAGGGUAGGGUGAGGGAGAAGGGCCCUGCCCUGUGGCAUCAGAACUUCACCGUGGAAUCUCUUUCCUUUUGGCCACUCCUGGACUGAACUGCCCCAACGGAUCAGUGA